AUGCGUGAGGUGCAGGAAGCGACCGGGGCCGCGGACGAGCGGACCGUCGACGAUGGCGCGCUCGAGACGGAGGAGGACAACGGAAACGGGCGGCCCAAAAAGUCGCGGCGCCGCUCCGGUACCCACUUCGGCCUCACGGCCGCCGACGUGGCCGGGAUGUGCGAGCUGCGCGGCUCGGGCGAGCUCUGGGCGAACGCGGCGGAGCACCGCUGCGUGUGCGUGGCCGACAUCGCGUCCCGGCUUUGCGUGGACCCGUCGCGGGGCCUGGACGCGUCCGACACGGACGACCUGCGCGCACGGGAACGGCAGUUCGGGAGCAAUCGCAUCCCGGAGCCCGAGCCGCUGUCGCUGUGGGACGAGAUCGUCGCCGCGUUCGACGACCUCACGCUGCGUGUGCUCUCGGUGUCAGGCCUCCUCUCCCUCGGCCUUGAGGCCUACAUGGCGCCCGCGGAGGGCGGCAGCGAGGCCGGCUGGGUCGAAGGCGCGGCCAUCCUUGCCGCCGUCGCCGUCUGCGUCCUCGUCGCCGCCGGAAACAAUUACCAGAAGGAGGCGCAGUUCCGGCAGCUGAAUGCGGUCGAGCACGCGUCCGUCGUCCGCGUCCUGCGCUGCGGCGUUCCAUGCGAGUGCCUCGCCGCGGAUCUGCUCCCCGGCGACGUCCUGUUCGUCGAGGCGGGGGAUGUGUUGCCUGCUGAUGGGGUUCUACUGGAGGGGUCCGCAAUCGAGGUGGACGAGGCGCACCUCACGGGCGAGUCCGAGCGCGUGCGGAAGGACGUGCACCGCCGCCCUCUGCUCCUGUCGGGCUCGCGCGUGCUCGACGGGUUCGGGAAGAUGCUGGUGGUGGCCGUUGGCGACAACUCGCAGCAGGGCAUCAUCGCGCGGCUGGUCACGGGCCGGCGCGCGGAGCGCGCACAGGACGAGAGCGACACGGAUUCGGGGUCCGAGUACGUGAGCGAUGCGGAGCACGCCCGACAGGGUCCGCGCGCUGCCACCAUUACGCCCGUCAUCGCGGACGACGCGGACGGGCUGCGGAAGGACACGAACCUGUCGCGGCGGCUCGAGGGACUCGCGCAAGAUAUCGGGAAGGUGGGGCUGGCGGCCGCGGGCGCGACGUUCGGGGCUCUCUUGGCACGCCCUGUGGUCCUAGCUGCGCUGGGAGCUGCGGCGGGCGACGCGCAGGGGGUGCUGGCGCCGCUGGGGAGCCCCGAGCAGCUGCGGGAGGUGCUGCACGCGAUUAUUUCGGCAAUCACGGUUCUGGUGGUCGCCAUCCCGGAAGGCCUGCCCCUGGCGGUGACGAUAGCGCUGGCGUUCAGCGUCACGAGAAUGUUGGGCGACAACAACCUGGUGCGGCACCUGGGAGCUUGCGAGACCAUGGGAUGUGCGACGACGAUCUGUUCGGACAAGACCGGGACGCUGACGCGGAACGAGAUGACAGUGGUGCGCGCGUGGUAUGAUGGCUGCGAGGUGGGGGGCGUGCCGUUGGUGGGGCCGGGCGCGGAGGAGGGCGCGGGGAGCAAGCUGCCAGACUGCGUCGACCGGAUGAUGUGCGUGGCGUUCGCGCUGAACUCUACCGCGACCCCGCAGAUUCACGAGAAGACAGGAGACGUCGUGUUCGUCGGCAACCAGACCGAAGCAGGCCUGUUGCGCUACGCCCGCGACCACGGUGUCGAUGUCCUCGCGCUGCGCGACACCUAUGCCCUCCGCCGCCUGGUGCCCUUCUCCUCGGACCGCAAGCGCAUGACCGCCGCCGUCGCCCUCGCCCGGCCGCCACAAGACCUCCCGCAUCCGCGCGUGUGGGCGAGCGCGGGCGUCCAGAUGGACAGCGACGGCUCCACCGUGAUUUUGUCCAAGGGUGCGCCAGAGGCCAUCCUGGAACGGUGCGUCCGCGUUCUGUGCCCCGACGGCUCGACGCGCGCCUUGCCUAGGCAAGACAAGCUCGAUCUUCUGGAGCGCACGAAGCAGUGCGGCGCGCUGAGGAUGCUGGCGCUGGCCGUGCGGGGGGUGCCAGAGGGGGAGGACGUGGGGGAGUGGGACGAGGAGUCCCUCGAGUCGGACCUUACUCUGGUCGGACUGGUCGGACUUGAGGAUCCCGUGCGUCCUGAGGCCCCGGCGGCGAUCGAGAAAUGCCGGCAUGCGGGCAUCAAGGUUCGUAUGUUGACUGGCGACAACCUCGUGACGGGGACUUCGAUCGCGAAGCAGUGCGGGAUCAUCGACGAGGAUCGGGGCGCAGCGGAGGAACACCCCGGGGCGUGCUCGUCGGAGCAGCUGCAGCGGCUGAUCGAGGGCGGCGUCGUCAUGGAGGGGAAGACCUUCCGCGAGCAGGUGCUCGACGGAAACGGCGGAAUCAAGCUGGAUGAGUUCUGGCGCAUCUGGCCGAACCUCCGCGUGAUGGGCCGUUGCAGUCCCUCCGACAAGUACACCAUCGUCACGGCGCUACGCGCGGGCGGGGACGAUGCAACCUCUGCGCGCGACAUCCGCCGCGAGGUGGUUGCGGUCACCGGCGACGGCACCAACGACGCGCCCGCCCUGCGCGCCGCGGACGUCGGAUUCGCCAUGAACUCCGGGACCGGCAUCGCGCGCGAGGCGUCGGACAUCGUCCUCAUGGACGACAACUUCGCGUCGAUCGUCUCGGCAGUCAAGUGGGGCCGGAACGUCUACCGCGGCGUGCAGCGCUUCUUGCAGUUCCAGCUGACAGUCAACUUGGUCGCUGUGGCCACGGCGUGCGGCGGCGCUAUUGCACUGGAGGGCGGGAGCCCGCUGAGUGCCGUUCAGAUGUUGUGGGUCAACCUGAUCAUGGACUCGCUUGCCAGCCUGGCGCUGGCGACGGACGAGCCCACCGACGCACUGCUGGACCAGCAGCCGUUCUCUACAGCGGACCCGCUGAUCGGACCCGACGUGGCCAAGGACAUCCUGGGUCAGGCGGCGUUCCAGCUGGCUACCCUGACGCUGGCGCUGUCAAACCCUGUGCUGCUCGGCCUCCCCGGCGUGGACCCUGGCUGCCCGGAGCACCUCACCGCGGUGUUCAACGCCUUCGUAAUGCUGCAACUCUUCAACCAGAUCAACUGCCGCCGUCUGGCCGGCGAGGCUGGCUCGCCCGUCGAGGGCCUUCCAGGCGCCAACCCCCUCUUCUGCGGUGUACUGGGCCUCGAAGCCGCGCUGCAGGUGGCGAUCGUCCAGUUCGGAGGCAGCUGGUUCCAGACCGUGCCGCUCAACGGCGCGGCGUGGACCGCAUGCGUGGGCCUGGGCGCAACGAGCCUGCUGGUGCGCUACCUCCUUCGGCCGUUGAAGCUGCCGUCGUGGGUCCGGUUCGGUUGA